CAGCAGCAGCAGCAACACAGGAGACAUGAGCUCGACGAAAACCACCGGUGCUGGUGAGACCAGGCGCCUGAGCAGGCACGAACGGCGCCAUGGUUCCAAGGCAAAGCCACCGCCGGAGCCAACAGUCCAGAUCCCCAAGGCAGUGAUCGCCGUCGCCGCCGCUUUGCUCGUGCUGGCCGCCAUCCUGGGCGUGAAGGCCAGCCUGCAGGCCGCCAGCAACAGCAAGCCCUUCAGCAUGGAGGGCUUCGACGCCAACGGUGAUAAGACCGGGGGACGCGGGCGGCAGCAGCAAACCUUUGAGCCUAGCGAGCGCGACACCACGGAGGAGGACGCCCCGAACGGCGACUGGCUCGAGGACCCCAUCAUGGCCAACACCAUGGGCAUCUCUCGGUGCGACAUCGAGCGGGUGCACCACACCAACAUGACCACUAAGCGCUUCUCUCGGCACUACGAGGGUGUGAAGCCGGUGAUCAUCGAGGGCCUGAUCGACGAAAAGUGGGCCGCCAGAGCCACCGGGCGGUGGUCGAGGCCUGGCCUGCUCUCCACCUUCUCCGACGCACCGGUGCACAUUUCGUCGGGGGCCGGCAUCGUCCAUUCCGGAGGGGAGAGCCUGCAGACGGUGACGCUGUCGGAGUUCUUGUCUGGGUUAAGGGAGAACGACGGAGGCGGGGAGUCCUCCACCUCCUUCACCUUCGACAUGGAGUUCGUCGGAAGGAAUCACAAUGAGUUGAAAAAAGACUUUUCGGUGCCCAGCGUCUUCCGCGGCUUCAACUCAUACCAGUCCAUGAGGAUGCAAACAAGCUGGAACAUGCUGUCCCUCGGCGCCUCCGGGGCGGGCCUGCCGUUCCACUCCCACGGAGAGACCUGGCUGGGCAUCGCCUACGGCGCGAAGCGAUGGGCAAUCUAUCCCCCGACGGCGUCUCGCCCGUACAUUGCGGAGAACAAGUCGGGGUGGCACCCGCUCAUGGGCUCCCUGGAGUGGUUCAAAGAAGUUGGGCCGCUCAUCGAGAAGACGGGGGAGACGCCUCCGAUGGAGUGCAUACAGGCAAUGUGUAACGCGGGGGAUUUGAUUUACGUGCCCGCGAACUGGAGGCACAUGACCCUCAACAUCGGGGAGAGCAUUGGCGUGGGCGGCCAGGCCGUGUACAGCGGGGAGGCGCGCUUGCAAGACGGGCUCGAGCUGCUGCAGCAGAGACCCGGCGAUCCCGAGCUGCUUCACGCCAUCGGUGUCGGCUUGGCACACCGGGGGAUCUCGGCGCUCGAGUACGAGGGCGAAGGAGGCAAGAUAGAGAUGGACUUCUCGACGGCGAUGGACAUGAUCAGGGCUAGGCAGAUGCUUCCGGCGAAGCAGACGAUCGAUCUAGCCUCUGAGAGCCUCAGACAGGCGAUUGCCGACAGGCCGGGGUGCCCGGAAACGCACAUCAUCCUGGCGGAGACCCUCCUUAAGGGAGGGGACGGGGAGGAGGCGGAGAAGGUGAUCGAGGAGGCGUGGAAGGUCUUCUCCAGGGAUGCGCUACCGGAAGGAGUGCCUGACUCGACACUCGCCGCGGUGCAGCUUAACCUCGCCAGGUUCUUCUUGCAAGCGCAGAACGGGGACAAGGCGGAGGCGUACCUGAGGAACGGGACCCUGUCAUUGAUGCCCGAGCACGGCGACGCGCUGGCCGACCUGGCGGUGGCGAUGGCCAUGCAGGGCAAGGAGAAUCCGGCCAAGCUUGAGCAGGCGGUGAUAAUGAUCGAGAAGGCCGAGAAAAACGGGGCUUCGGGAAAGAGCUUUGAGAACCGCCGGGGGUUUGUGAUCGGGCGGAUGAUGGACAGGGACAAGGAAGCUGAGGCGGCGGCUGAGGCUGGGGUCGAAGAGGCUGAGUUGACUGAAGAGUUGUGAAAGAUGCCCGCCGCUGCUGAAUGUAUGGGCAGGGGGGGGGGCGAUGAUGAUGCUGCCCCCUGCAAGAUGAUAGCAGCUGUAGUAAGAAUAUUGUAGUUUUUUGGGGGGGAAUGCAUUGCGGUCGGGGAAUUCGGGUGGUAACAUCGUUUGAUUUGAUUUCGGAAUUAUUGUUGCUUGUGGUUGGGUGGCGUUACGCGAGAACGAGCGGGGGGGCUGCUGCACGAGAUACGUGCACAGGACGGGUGGGAGUGGUGCUGCCUGCCGAUGAGGCGUUGCGGCACAACGUAGAGGAGGUGAUUUCCGACUUGACCGCGGGGAAGUGGUAUUUAGACGAGAGUUUUUUGCAGCCUCGCCUGUAGCUGGCGUGAUUUCAAUGCUGUGCGAGAUGGCACACGCCUGGUGUCGGCCUUUUUAAGCGCGGCACCCUUACCUUCAAGUCUCGGGUGCUACACGACUCUCUGUCCCACUUGACGUCUUGCAUCUGAGAAGUUGCGGGAAAACACAUUGCGAUUUUUUGAAACAGGGCAAAGAGUAAGUAACGCGCCAACAUUGCUGGUUGAAAAGGACUGGUUGGAAGAGUUGAGAACAGCAACACGUCUGUCCAUCCAUCCAGUUCGCCGGGAGGAUCACUGAAAGAAACCAAGAGGGAGCAGCACAAGAAAGCAUAGUGCCCAUCCACUCAUGGAGGAACUGCCCAUGAUUGCGAGUGUGCGUAGGGCGGCAACAACGGCCAAAGCCCUGGUUGGAGCCAACCCAUCAAGCGGAACGCACACACGUACUACC